CAUCAGAUCACUCCAUUCCAUUCCUGGCGAUAGCGUCGUCAUUCGCACCGUAAUCUUCCAGCCAGGGGCACUUAUCACAAGCAUCAUGAAACUGUUGGUGUUGGCAGCCCUGGUGGGUAUGGCGGCAGCUGGCCGCCUGGAUAACUCAUACCUGCCUCCUGCGGGUGCACCCCUGGCCGGUGGAGCACAAGGGGCCAUCGCAGCGCCAUUUGGCGGACCUGGAGCUGGUGGAGUCUUCGGAGCUAGAAGGCCUGGUUUCGGAGGAGCUGGUCUCGGUGGUGCUGGCUUAGGAGGACCUGGAGGUCUCGGUGGUCCUGGUGGUCUUGGUGGUGCAGGCCGAGGAGGUCUUGGUGCUGGACGAGGCGGCCUGGGUGCUGGUCUGGGAGGUGCAGGGACUGGCGCCGGUCUUGGAGGUCUUGGUGGACUUGGAGGCGCCGGUCUCGGUGCUGGCCGAGGUGGCCUAGGAGGCGCUGGUCUUGGUGCUGGCCGAGGUGCAGCCGCUGGUCUUGGUGGUGGUGCUGGCAGAUUCAUCCCAGGCGCCAGUGCUCCAAGUGGACCAGUCAUUCCCAUCCUCCGAUACGAAAAUGUCAACAAUGGCGAUGGAAGCUAUGCUUUCAGUUACGAGACUGGAAACGGCAUCGCUCAGGACGAGCAGGGCUACCUGAAGAAUGCCGGAAUUCCUGAUGCUGAGGCGGAGACCGUGCAGGGCCGCUACACAUACACUGGAGACGACGGCGCACAAUACACCGUCACCUACACCGCCGACGAGAACGGCUUCCAGCCGCAGGGUGCCCACCUCCCCACUCCGCCACCAAUCCCUGAGGAGAUCCUUCGCUCUCUGGAGCAGAAUGCCGCUGAGGAGGCCGCUGCCAUCCGGGCUGGAGGAGUUGUCGGUGGUGACUACAGUGGUGCCGGUGGCGCUGGAACUGGAGCUGGUACAGGCUUCCGUGGUGUCGCUGGUGUUGGUGGUGUCUUUGGGGGUCGCCCAGGAGCUGGCGGUGCCCCUGGUGCUGGAGUCUUCGGACGGCCCGGUGCUGGAGCUGGCCGGCCCGGUGCCCUGCCCAGCUACUCGGCGACCAGCGGUUACUCCUACCCUAACCCUGGCAUGUAAGUGUCUGGAGGUUUCCAGCUGUGGCCUGGAUGUCCAACACGCUCUGUUGUCUCACCUAGCUGGACGUAGCCAGUGCCUCAGUCCACUGCCCACCUAGUACUUUCACACAUGAAUGCGGACUUCUUUUGCCACUGUGUCGACUGCACAGACUCUGACAAGUAUACCUGACGAUUUCACUGUUGUCUUAGUGGAACUUAAAGGCUCCUACUGACUAUAUCUAUCUCGCGAAAACAUCACUUGUAAAUAUCUUAAAUUAUUUCUUACUCCUUUUCUAUUUUCUACUGCAAUGUUCAGACAGUAAAACUUAUGACGACAAUGGCAUUGUGCGUGGCAAAGUUCGCGACUAGCAACUCGUGUUCUGUGCCCAUAAAAAAACUAUUUAUUUCUGUGAUGCAAAAGUGAAAAAAACCUAUGUAAAAAUAUAUAUUUUGUAAUAAAUGUUGUUUUAAAUAUA